GGGGCCGUUCAUCGGUAGUGCGUCACCCCUAAAUUCGAAUUAAAAUCAGCGCUGUUGGAGCGCGGCUGCAUUCACACCGCGGCGUGCGGUGUGCGCUGGCAGCGUGCGAGGAGGGCUGGCGCCGGGGGACGCUUUUAGGGCAGCGGGCGCUUUAAGGGUAGCGGCCGCCCCGCGCGGCAGCGGCGGCGAGGGGGGCGUGUAGAGGGUGACGUCACCGCAUGACUGUGUUUUUAUGAAUGAAAAGAAUCCGCGGGUGAGUAAUCGCGGGGAGCGAGGCUGGAGGCGCCGCCCGACGCCCUGACCCGGCAGCGGCCCCGCGGGACGAGCGCAGCCGCCAGCAGGGCUGGACUGAGGAAAGAAUGGCUGCAGACGGGCUCUCCAGCAAGGCUUUGAAGCAGGUGAAGCGGGAGCUGGGGGAGAACACUCCACUGCUGUCAGAUGAGGAGCUGAUGGGGCUGUCAGUGCGGGAACUCAACCACCACCUGCGGGGCCUCUCCAAGGAGGAGGUGGCGAGGCUGAAGCAGCGUCGUCGGACGCUGAAGAACCGGGGUUAUGCUGCCAGCUGCCGGGUGAAGCGCGUCUGCCAGAAGGAAGAGCUGCAGAAGCAGAAGAUGGAGCUGGAGUGGGAGGUGGACAAGCUGGCCCGGGAGAACGCUGCCAUGCGCCUGGAGCUCGACACCCUCCGUGGCAAGUACGAGGCCCUGCAGGGCUUUGCCCGCACUGUGGCCACUCACGGGCCCCCCGCCAAGGUGGCUACUGCCAGUGUCAUCACCAUCGUCAAGUCCGGCACCAACCAGGCCGCCUACUCCUAGUGCUGGCCUCUGUCCCCCGGCUGGACACAGUCCUUCCCGGGGUGCCUUCCCCAUGAAUUGCCUCCCAGCCCUUCCCCAACCUCCUCCCUAUCAAAACCUAUGCCCAAAAUCCUCUUUCUCCCAUCCCUUGCCCUCCAGCUCCCCCAGGUAGGGAGGGCUGCUGCUAUGUGGGUGCUGAGGUGGAGGACAGGACCUGACUGGUGGCCCCCUUAGCCCCCUUCCCUCUUGAGUGUGCAAACAGGAGAGAGCAAACACACACAGGCAGCAGUGGGGAAGCAUCCCACAGCUCCAAGCUGGUAGGAAAAUGCCCGGUGCCUCUUUUUCCUAAGAGGGCAUGGGAGAGCUAAAUGUGGGCCAGGCGGUCCCAGGAGCAUGUGCGAGAGACGGAAAAGAGGGGAGAGAGGUUUUGCAGUGUAGGGGAAGAGGGCAUGAUAGAAGGGUAUCAAUAUUGGGCAGACAACCUGAACCACAGCUGGAGCAGUGGGGGAGGUGGCAGCAUGUCUGAAAUCUCUGUGGAUGCAGAUGGCAAGGGAAGGUUAGCAGGUUAGAGGGGGAGAUACAGUGGGCUGCAUGUUAAUGCCUGGUAAGGGUGAAUGGAAUGGGAAAGCACUGUGGCAGCUUGUGGUGCUGGGGGACCCCAGAAGUGACAGUGAUUGGGCAGGGGGGAGCUGGGAGGUGUGAGUGGGUCAGCCCAGGCCGUUGUCCCCAAAGGGGAGAAGCAGUGGUGCUGUUUUAUCUAUCUCUACCAUGCACAUCCUUCACGCCUCUUCCUGCUGACGGGACUCAGCCUGGCUGGGUGUCUGAAAUGCAGCAGCACUGGCAGGAAGGAAGCAGAGGCAGCUGGAGCAGAGAUAAACAUUGUUUCACUCAGCACAGGCCAGCUUCUAUGGCCACACCGAGUCCUGCCCAGUGUCCCACUGCCUACGAAGCCCAUAGAAAGGUGUUUCUGGUCCUCAGAGUCAGAGAUGUGGAGGCAGAGGGGUGGAGGUGCAAGAGGUGGGAAGUAAGGGCAGAGAGCAUCCCCGCUCCUGGGAGCUGCCUGGCAGGCAGGUAGGCUCCUCCCUUUGGUUUUCCUCCAGCUUGGACACUGCUGUGGGACAGCUGGCUCUUGAGCAGGCUGGAGAAGAGCUGGAUUCACUAAAUACAGGCAGCACAGGGGAGGGAGCAGGAGGCAGGUCCAUCUUGGGAUCUGCUGCUGUAGAUGAUUCCCCUGUCCCUCCGUUCUGCCCCUGCCUGGGUAUUGCCACGCCAGCCGCCCUCGGCUGCAGCCUCCGUUCUUCCCUGUAGAGAGGUGCCUGCCACUCCUGGCUGGGGCACUGUGGUUGGCAUCCCCCACCCCAACUCCUCUUGGGUUUAUUUAUUGCACGAACAUAAGUUAUUUUCACGUCCUCUUUGCCAUUCCGCCUCUCGGCACAGCCAGGAUGUUGGUACAGAGCCGUACUUUAUAUUUUAUAUAUGCAAAUCACAUUUUAUCUUAUACUUAUAUAGAGCAAAAAAAAAAACUUAUUUAUUUUCUGACUUACAGUAUGUGUCCUACCCGACUCCUCUGUAUUUUGUAGACUUUACAAAUAAAGCAAGUUCUUUUUUUUUUU